AUGGCGAGUGCAGCCGCGAAUUUGAAACACGGGUUGUUGGGCGAAUUCCGAGCAGGAGUAGAAAGCAUCGACGAAUACAAGGAAAGGUUCGAGCUUUACUGCCUGGCAAACGCGGUACCGAUAGGAGACGAGCACGUAGCUCGUAGGAAGGCAAUCUUUCUAACGUCUGUGGGUGCAUCGACCUACAGUUUGUUGCGGACCUCGGUACGACCUCGCCAACCGCAAGAUUUGGAGCUCGAUGAUAUCAUUCGGCAACUGAGAAAUCACUACGAACCAAAGAAGAUUGUCGUAGCCGAGCGAUUCCGUUAUUACAAGAGACAACAGAAAGAAAGUGAGACUGUUACGGUGUUCUUGUCAGAAUUGCGUCGUCUAGCUAAACACUGUGAGUUCGGAGACAAGUUGUCGGUUGCGUUGAGGGACCAAUUCGUGUGUGGAUUACGAGUAGAAGCCCUACAGCAGAAAAUUCUAGCGGAAACUGACUUAACACUCGAGAAAGCGGUACGAAUAGCGCAAGCUUUUGAAUCGGCAAGACAAGAAACGAUAGCUUUGCGAGGAGACACGCGCAGACACGGAUCAACAACAGACCACGAGACGGCAUUUAGCAUGCAAAGUAGUAGCAGUGGGAGGUCAAAGACGGCACAGUCUGAUGUGAAAGUAUGCUACAGAUGCAAUGGCAAGGGGCACGUUCCUGAUAAGUGUCGGAUGAAAUCGAGAGAGUGCUAUUUAUGUCACAAGAAGGGACAUAUCGCAAAAGCCUGCCGGAGUAAGAAGCAAGGCGAUUUUAAGAACAGGAGCGGAGCAACGGGUACCAAGAAUACAAAGUACCAGAAACAAGCCACGUUACAAGUGGAAGAAGAGGAAGUAUGUUCACUUUAUGGUCUGGGAAGUCAGGAUGCAAUCAGAGUCAAUAUGACUGUAGCUGGACGAGAAUUAGAGCUGAUUGUUGACACGGGUGCAACUAUUACCGUGAUUCCCAGGGAGACCUAUGAGAAACAACUAUCUCAUGUCAAACUCCAGAGCAGCAACGUGAAAUUACAGUCAUAUUGUGGACAGACAUUGUCUGUACGCGGAGAAGCGGUAGUACCGGUACGCUACGGAGAUCAAGAAAUACGAGGUAGAGUAGUUGUCGUCAAUGCUGCAAAUAAGCCAGCAGUGCUUGGCAGGAAUUGGUUGUCACAACUGAAGUUGGACUGGGCAUCUUUAUUUAGCUUGAAUGUCCUGGAUCCCGUACACGAGUUUCCUGAGUUAUUCAAGGAAGGAAUGGGAAAGCUGCAAGGAGUGCAAGCGAAAAUUACUUUGAGUGCCAAUGCAAGGCCAGUCUUUCAUAAGGCAAGACCAGUACCAUUUGCGUUACAAGCUAAAGUGGAUACUGAAAUCGAUCGCUUAGUCAGAGAAGGAGUACUGACACCUGUAGAUCAGAGCGAGUGCGCUUCACCGAUAGUAGUGGUGAGGAAAUCUGACGGCAGUAUCAGAUUGUGUGGUGACUACAAAGUAGCCAUCAAUGAAUAUUUGGGAAAUAUUGAGUAUCCCACACCUAAUGCUCAGGAUCUAUUUGCUACUUUAGCGGGUGGUCGACGAUUUACCAGGCUUGAUCUAAAGCAAGCUUACCAACAAAUGGAAGUGGAUACCGGGAGCCAAGAGUAUUUAACCAUAAAUACUAGGAAGGCACCGAGUAUUUUCCAGAAAACGAUGGAUAUGAUAUUGUCUGGAAUACCACGAGUUUGUUGUUUUUUCGAUGACAUACUGAUUGUCGGUUCAACUGAUGCUGAGCACGAUGCAAGAGUCACAUACUUAGGUCACAGGGUACAUCACGAAGGUCUGAAGCCUACAGAAGACAAGGUCAAGGCUAUCAGGGAAGCACCUGAGCCAAGAAAUGUGACUGAGUUGAAGGCAUUUCUGGGGCUGUUGAACUAUUACAGCCAUUUCUUACCGAAUCUGUCGAAUACUCUACAAGCAUUGUAUGAGUUACUUCAAAAAGGAAGACAGUGGAGAUGGACAAGGAAACACAGGGCCGCAUUCAAUGCAGCAAAGAACAAGUUAUUACAGUCUGGAGCCUGUUUGAGUCACGAGUUUGAGGAUGGAUCGGAGAGACCAGUGGCAUUUGCUUCACGGACACUGUCAUCAGCAGAAAAGGGCUAUGCCCAAAUAGAGCGGGAAGCACUGGCAAUCAUUUUCGGCGUUCGUCAUUUCCACAAGUUCCUCAUUGGUCGAAGAUUUACACUAGUGACAGAUCACAAGCCUUUGGUCAAAAUUCUGGGACCUAAACAGGGCAUCCCAGCGUUAGCAGCAGCAAGGCUGCAGAGGUGGGCACUAAUUUUAAGUGCAUAUGAGUACAACCUGGAGUAUAUGGCUGGAGAGGAGAAUAAGGAAGCAGAUAUGCUGUCCCGACUGCCAAUGGAAGUGAAUGUCAUAGACCCUAACCAGGAAUUGUACCAUGUGGAUUGCUGUGAAAAUCUACCUGUAACAGCAGCAGAAGUAGCACAAGAGACUAAAGCAGAUCCAAUUUUGAGACGGGCAUACCAGUAUACAUUGUCUGGAUGGAACUGGAAAAGUCACAUGGAUCCAAGGUUACAACCCUACUCACGACGGUCAGAUGAACUUAGCGUUGAAGAGAACUGUUUACUUUGGGGAACACGUGUGAUAAUACCACAAAAAUUACAGUCAAGAGUUCUAGCAGAUCUUCAUGAAAAUCACCUGGGUUCAAAUCGAAUGAAAGCAUUAGCUAGAUCAUAUAUCUGGUGGCCGAGCUUGGACAUGACAUUGGAAGAAUUGUGCAAGAAAUGUGAAAUUUGCCAAAGUCAGAGGAAUAAACCGCCUGCUGGUAUUCCUCAUCCAUGGAUGUACCCCACAGCACCUUGGGAGAGAGUUCACGUGGAUUUCGCAGAGUUUGAAGGUCAACAUUAUCUUAUUAUGAUUGACGCAUUUUCGAAAUGGUUGGAAGUGCAUGAAAUGGGCACUAGUACAACGGCUAGUAGGACAAUAGAGGUGAUGAGGCGAGUUUUUAGUUUUCAUGGCAUUCCAGGACGAUUGGUGACAGAUAAUGGUUCACAAUUCAGGUCAGUAGAAUUUCAGGAGUUCAUGAAAGGAAAUGGUGUCAAACACCAACUCACCCCUCCGUAUCACCCAUCGAGCAAUGGACAAGCAGAACGAGCAGUUCAAAUCUUCAAGAGAUCUAUGGAGGCACGACCUAGAGGACGCACUAUUCGACAUCAAAUAUCUAUAUUACUGCUGCAGUAUAGGUUGACUCCAAAUACCUCAACAGGAAAAACGCCAUCCGAAUUGCUAAUGAAGAGAGUCUUACGAACAAGACUAAGUCUUGUUAAACCUACAGUUGGAGGAGAGAUUCGAGACAGACAGGAGAGCCAAACAGAAGCUGCAUCCAGACAUCGUGAGAUGUUACCUGGAGAAUCAGUGGCAGCAUGGAACCCAAGACAAGAUAGUCGGGGACGGUGGCUCUCUGGAACAGUAGUCCAGAAACUAUCUUGUAAAUGUGAAUGUUUUCCACAGGAUGUACAUCAGGAGCAAACUUCCAAUACUCAUGAUAGUACAGCGACUAUGAUUACACCACAAGCUGGAAAUUAUUCCGAAGUGAAUGCUGAGAAGACAAUCUCAUCAACGGACUCUACCGGGGAAGACUCAGUACCAACUACUCCUAGCCACCCUGAGUUAACAGAGACACAGUCGGAACAGACUGAUAACUUGCCAACAAAGAAACCAUUUGAGAAGUCAACAGAGAGAGAAAAUCGACAAUAUCCCACAAGGAACAAUAGAAGACCCCCAGGAGAUAUCGAGAGAUUUAGUGGAAGGGAGUGUAGUAGAGUAAGGGACUAG